CUCUGACGUCACGCCCCACGAACUCGCAGUAUGUACACAUUGGACCCUCGAGGAAGUUAGAAGAGGGAUAUGACAAGCCUACACGCCGUAUAGACCAGUGCUUCGCCACCAACCCACAGAGGGAACUGCGACUAACUGACAGCGAAGAAGACGAAGAAUGCCGAGGAGAAAACAAUCAAACCCACAGCCCGUCAAAUGUAUGACAGUGUUCUCUCUAAGUGAUGACGGCACCAGCCUUCCAGCUUCGGGUGACUCAGCCUUCCCAGCAUUCCUCUCCUGUAAGGGGUGUCGCCAAUUGAUGGGGGCCGACCUUGACCUGGGAGCAGGACUUGACUUGGGGGCGGGACUCUACUGCCUGAGCUGCGAAGAGGGCCUCCAAUCAGAAUCACACACAGCCAUGGAGGAUACCUCACAGGGGGAGGAGUCAACCCCGGCUGUCCAUUCCAGUGGGGGGAAGGACAGGAAGAGGAAGAGGAGUAAGGCGGGUGAUGAAGAAGUCUGUAUGAAGCUGUACACGUGUUCUCUGUGUAGUUUCUCCUCUCGCUACUCCAACCAUCUAAAACGCCACAUGAGAACCCACGAUGGAGAGAAGCCCUACCGCUGUCCCCACUGCCCCUACGCCUCUACGCAGAGGGUCAACCUGCAGAGACACACACGCACACACACCGGGGAGAACGCUACCCUCUCGCAACGCCUGCACCUAUGCCUGUAGUUCCCUGGGGAACCUGCCGGAGGCACCAGCGCGCACAGCCAGGAGCCUCAGCCCCGGCCGCAACGCACACUGAAGAGACGCAGCAGAACGAAAACACACACACCCGAGAAAAUGGUGAAGGUAAGAGCAUACAGUCAGGCCGAGUACACACCACACACACUUAGACACACACACAGAGGUAAUGUGUUCCAGAAAGAGGACUGUUUUCUUUGAACGUUCUAGCCUGUAGCCU